AUGCCUAGUGGCAUGAUCAAAGCCGAUGAUCGUAAGUUAUGUCCUCCAUCACGAUGUCGAAUGAAACUAUCCAUGGAAUCCAUCCCGAGGUUGGCGCAUCUCGUUGGGCGUGGAGAAGCAUUGGGAAUCUCAAUUUCUUUCUUCGGAGCCGUUUCUUUUCCCGUCCCCCCGCCCCGGCAUAGCGCUUCGCUUCCCGUUAUUCGGAAGAAUAAACUGACUUAUCCCUUCUUCAUUGAUCUGGGGGAAAAGGAACCGUCUACCAGUUGGCAAGCUAGACAUCAAGUAAGUGGCUUGAUGAGGAUAACUAAGCUGACACGCCGGAGUUGGCUGCUGGCACAACAGGGUGGUGCCUUACCGCACCGCAGGCGAACGCGCGGUAGCGUUCGUGGUGGUGCUUCAGGAUUCCAAUGUACUGCGUCCAAGAUCAGAACGAGCUUGCCGGCGGACCACUGCCGUCCCAUUCUUGAGUGA